GAUUCUGGUUGGGCUGGAGAGAGCUUGCUCAAGCGAAGGCGCCUCCCAAAUCUCAGCAAUGUGGCCAGAAUCUCAAGAGCUAUUAAGUCCGAAGACAGUGAACACCAUGCACAAAUAGUGUACUAUCAAGUUGGAGCAGAGACUGAACUUGGAUGGUGGAACCAUAUAGUCGGAGGCGGAACCGACCUCAGACUCUACAAAAACAUCGAAGAGGCUUACAGGUUCUUGGCCAACAACUAUACAUCUGGAGACUCUAUAUUUCUCAUUGGAUUCUCGCGUGGAAGUUUCAUAGCGAGAAGUGUAGGUGAACUCAUCUGCCAACUCGGGCUGCUUAACAAGAAGGGGCUUCCCUACUUCGAUGAAAUUUUCUAUGAUUGGCAGCAUGCUGGUCAUCCAUCUUUUAAGGAGUCGAAAUUCUGGGACCAUUACCGGGACGAAAAGAAGGUCGAUCAACUUACAACACCAUCCGACGACCCACUUCAAGCCAAAGCAUAUCUCAAAGAAUAUCGAGCACUGCUGCGAAACUUUGGACUGAUUCAUACUGUUCCGGUCCGAGAAAAUUCCCAACAAGAUGUGUUCAUUCGAGCUAUUGCAGUUUGGGAAACGGUUGGUGCGCUCGGUAUACCUGUUAAUCCGUGGUUUCAACCUGGUUUCCUCCACGAGUUCAAGCGGCUCAAUACCAUGAUACCAGAUAACGUUCUCAAUGCGUUCCAGGCUUUGGCUCUGGACGAACACCGAGCACUGUUUUCGCCAGCUGUUUGGCAUAGACCUGAAGGAUGCCAGACAACCCAUGCUGACAUAGGAGGAUCUCGUCACAAUACCACUAUGGCAGACAUCACCUUAUCCUGGAUGAUGGACCAACUUUCGGGAGAAGGCACUCGGCUCAAGGACAGGUCAGUACCAGACAGAAAAGAUUGGAUUGAAUUCUAUGACGACUAUAUGGAAAUUUGGCCUGCAUAUCCUCCUGCUCACGAGUGGGCGUUGGGGGCU